UCUUGCAGUCACCUGCUACACACGAGAGAGAAAACCAUCUCUCAACUCUCAACAGUACGUUCGCUAGUUCUAGCUACAUGGCUUCCAACGCGAGCAUGUUGGCCGUAUUCAUGGCGUGCGCGCUCCUCCUCGCCGGCAGCAUGUGCCACGCCGCCCGCAACCUGGCCGACACGACGCCGGCGGCUGCCGCUCCGGCUGCUAGCACCGUCCCAGGCCUGCCUGCCGUGCCGACCUUGCCUGCCGUGCCCACGGACACGGUCACCCUGAUGCCGCCCAUGCCGUCCGUCACCCUGCCCACCGUGCCGCAGGUGACGCUGCCGUCCAUGCCCUCCAUCGUCGUGCCCAAGGCGGUCCUGCCGCCCAUGCCCAAGGUCACCCUCCCCACCGUGCCGCAGGUGACGAUGGCGCCGAUGCCUGCCAUUGUCGUGCCCAAGGUCACGCUGCCGCCGUUGCCAUUCGUCCCGAAUGUGAACGUGCCUAUGCCGUUCGCGGCACCGCCCCCGUCAGCGUAGGCGUGCCCACGCCGCGGUGCUCUCGCCCUGUCCACGAUAGGACGCGCCGUUCAUCUGAGUGUGGCGCCAGGUCACUCCGUGGACACGACGUACAUUUUCUUACAUGCAAGCUCGGUGUUUUAUAUGCGAUGUAUCACAGUAUCAGUAAUUUUUACCUUUUUUUACGUCUCAGUAGUGUAUGUACUGGUGCUCUCCCCCUGUCCAGCAUAGGGCACCGUUCAUCUGAGUGUGGCGUCAGGUCGCUCCGUGGACACGACGUACAUUUUCUUACAUGCAAGCUCGGUGUUUUAUAUGCGAUGUAUCACAGUACCAGUAAUUCUUGCCUUUUUUUUAGAUCUCAGUAGUAUAUGUGUUUGUAGUGUUUGAAUGUUGAGGGUUUUGUCCCAUUGUAUGUAUUUCUUUACCUUCUUAAAUACAAAUUAUUAUUUACGGUA